CACUUGUCAUGCGUGUGCUUAGAACCUGUGUCCUUUUAAGAGCGUGUUUCCAAUUUUUGAUAUUCAAUACAAUAUCUUCCCAUUCCUCUGUGUGUGAUCUUUGGAAGGAGAUGGGUCGUCUUGCUACAUUAUCAGAAGAACCCAUCAACGACCAAGACAACAAGAGAAGCACCUCUUCAAGCUCAAAAAAAUGGCGAAACUGGAACUGGAUCAAGACCCACUUCUUCCACAAGAAGCCCGACCUCAAGAUCCUCCUCAGCGUUCUCGCCUGCCCUCUCUUCCCUGUCCCUCCAAACACCCCAUCGGACCCACCCCUCAACCAGCUCUCUUCUUCAGCUCAGUAUAUUAUCCAGCACUUCACCGCCGCCACCGGCUGCCGGAAGCUGGAAGGGACGGUCAAGAACGUCUUUGCCACCGGAAAGGUGGAAAUGUGGGCCGUGGAUGAGGUCGGAAACACCGGAGUCUCCGAGAGAGGCUGCUUUGUCAUAUGGCAGAUGCUCCCCGACAAGUGGCAGAUUGAGCUUGCUGUCGCUGGUCACAAGGUUGUCGCCGGUAGUGAUGGCACCGUCGCCUGGCGCCACACUCCUUGGCUCGGGGCCCAUGCCGCAAAAGGCGGCAUCCGCCCUCUUCGACGGGCUGUUCAGGGACUGGACCCUUUGGCAGUGUCUGCUGUAUUCUCUGCAGCACAAUACAUGGGAGAGAAACAAAUCUCAGGCAUCGAUUGUUUCGUUCUAAAGCUGUCACCUGAUCAGAAGGACCUCGUUGACCGAAGUGACAACACUGCUGAGAUGAUCAAGCACGUUGCAUUUGGCUACUUCAGCCAGAGAAAUGGUCUAUUGGUGCACCUUGAGGACUCUUACCUUACUAGAAUCCAAUCCCCUGGGACACACCCCACGUACUGGGAGACCACAAUGUCAACGAAAAUUGAGGAUUACAAAAUGGUGGAUGGUGUGAUGAUUGCACAUGCUGGCCAUUCAACCGUGAUCAUCACAAGGUUUGGGGACAAUCUUAAAACAGGACCUGCCAUCACACGGUUGGAAGAAUCAUGGACCAUUGAUGAUGUUGCAUUCAACGUUCAAGGCCUUUCCAUGGACUGCUUCAUACCCCCUAAGGAACUCCACAAGGACUACCCACAAGAAGAUCUAGAUUGGAGAUCACCCUUGCAUAGAUGAUGAUGAUCAUGAAUUCGUGAUCCCAAACAAACCUUGGUUGGAGGAGUUUUUGUAUUUUUUUUCUAAAUAACUGUUGUUAUUGAUAUUGCUAACUGUUACUACUAUUACUUAACAUAUAUAUGUAGAUUGCUUUGUAAUAGUGUAUUACUGAUUUUGGGCAUAUAUAUAACAGAUCUCAACUAUUAAUUGUUGUGUCUAUGCCACGUGAUUUUGGGCAUAAUGUAGAUGUCUGACGGCUAUUAUUAGUUUUCUCUGUGGAAUUUUACUAUUUUGGUUCCUUGCAUU